GGAUGUUGGGGGUAAUCCUGGCAGCUGGUAUAAUCCAUCUUCUUCAAGGUAAUGUAGAAAUCUAGUUAAAAACAGAAAUAUAAUACGUUGCUUACGAAAUAGUGUAAAAUAUAAAACAGUAUUUAUUAUUAAGUAUAUUUCUUAGUAGGUUUUUCAAAGUUGGAAGGAAUGAGAAUAUAUAUUUUAAAAUAUACACAAUCUAUUUAAGAAUUCUUUUUAAUAGAUCGUGUAUAUAUAAUGUAUUCAUGUACACUUUUUCGGAAUAACAUUAGAUUUAUAUUUCCUGCAACCAUCAGGCGAAAAGGUACCUUGAUCCUCAGCAAUUUCAUAUUCUCUAUUUCCAGGCGAAGUGGGGUGUACAGGACUAGCAGGUCCAAAUCAAAUAGAUUUAGAAUCAGGUACGUUCUGCAAUGUUGUAACCUUGAAAAAAUGAACGUUUUACAGUACACAACCCAUGGUGGAACCCUAUAUGAGAUGUUAUUUCAAAUCCUCCAAUUCGGACUCAUUCUCGUCCUCAGAGCCAUUUUAACUCGGUCACUCGUUGAAAAUUAGGCUCUGGGUCAGACGACUAAAGGGAGAGAUCUGAUUGGCUUUUCAGAGAAAUGCUAUUUCCCAGAAGUUGAACAGUUUUCGCUACGCAAAAUUAUUCUAUCAAAAUAUAUCAACACAAAUACUUCGUUUCUUCGUAAUAAAUCUCUGUUAAAAUUGUUAAAGAUGCUAAAACGUCCCGAUUCAAGAGUAUGCGCAUUGGAAACUACUGCAAGUUUUCUUGCACUUCCGGUUCCGCCCAGGGCCUGUCCUCGGCUUCGCCUCAGACUUGAUUAAAUUUCGCGGACUUGAAAUCUAGUCCAGUCCUCACAGUCGGAUUUGAAAUAUUACUUCAAUUCUUUCUAGAAAAGGCAAUAACAGUAUGUACCUCUCAAAAGAGAUCGCUGACGUGUGGUUCUCCAGGAUCCAGUAUUGCGAUCACGGACGUAUUCUGGGGGAGACAGUCACGUGAUAUCUGUCCCUCGGAUGACGGGGACGAACACGUGGAUUGUGGUGCAGCGAAGGAGACGCCAGGGAUAGUAAGGGGUAUGUGCCAAGGAAAAGCCGCGUGUCAGCUGGAGGCAAAACACAAGUUGUUACAGAAUCCUGAAUCUCGUCAUUGUCCAGGUAUAACAUGGUGUUGAAAUGGUUGGUUUCUCGUGCUUGCUAAGGCCAGGUUCACAGUAGCAAUUUUGUCGGCGUUUCUGACGGAUGUAAAUGAGUGAACUCGCACGCAAAAGUAUAGAGUCGCUUUUCAGGAGUAAACAAUUCUGAGUCUUUUGCCAUUGAACUAUAAAUAAACUGGAAGGCUAACUGCUAUGAUGAAGGCCUAUGAUUUGAUGAAGCCAAAAUAGUUUUUCUGAGUUAUGAGCAGAAAUACUUGAUCCCAAACGUCCGGCUAUAUAUCAAAUUGAAGCUAUUGAAAAUUGCUAUUCGGUGUGGAAAUUUCAAGACUUCAGCGAAAAGAAAAAUAUUUAAAAAAUACAAAAACAACUGCAAAACGGCAAAUUAUCGGUAAUUAUGUUUGUAAUUUUUCAGUACUUCCCUUUUAGCUAAAAUCUUGAAGUUUCUACACCAAAUAGCGUUUUUCAAUAGCUUCAAUUUGAUAUAUAGCCCAACGUUCAGUGUUGAGUAUUUCUGCUCAUAACUCAGAAAAACUAAAAUGCACUGGCUUCAAUUCCCCCCCCCCCCUGAGUUAGCCUUCCAGUUUAUUUAUAGUUCAAUGGUCUUUUGCAUGUCAUUCAUUCGAUCACAUUUGCCAGGAGGAGAAAAAUCGACGACAGAAUUGCUAUGUUAGACUAAAUUUUAAUCUAAGUAAAGAGAAGGGAAUCAAACACCACAGAUAAAAAAGAACAUAAUGAAAUUAGUAAAAUUGUAAAACUUGGUUGCGAAAUGUUGUAAAGCUUGGAAAAUAUAGUCUUGCAAAGUUUGCAAAUUUUGUAUAUAUGUUUGUAUUACGUGCGGAAAUUGUUACCAUUUUCGGCUCAAAAAUGGUCACAAUUUCCGCACCUAAUAUACAAACAUAUACAAAAUAUGCAAACUUCGCAAGGCUAUAGUCUCCGUAUUUUAAAACAUUUCGUAACCAAAUUUUGCAAUUUUAAUAAUUCUAAUAAGUUCUUUACGGGAAUUUACUUUUUUUGCCUAGAUCAAAAAUUAGUCUAACCUGCAAGUUCUCCAAUAAAAUUUAACUGUUCAUCAAUUCUUUGCAGGAGUGAACAAGUACCUAAAAGUCAGCUACACGUGCGUUCCCGAUGCGAAAGAGGUGACAGUCUGUGAUGGCGAAGAGACAACGCUGAAGUGCCCAGCAUCAUUUAAAACAUUCAUCAACUCAGUGUUCUGGGGUCGGCAAUCAGUGUCAGUAUGCCCGGCCGACAAUGGCAUUUCCAUGUGUACUGGGGCGAGCGAAAGUCUGAAUAUGCUGAGAAAGAAAUGCGAUGGCAGUGAAAAAUGCGACAUCACAGCGUCGUUCAAUCAGGCAAAUAGUUAAUUUUACCAUAUUGUUUGUUCAAUUAUAGAUGGCUAUGGAUUCAUGCAUGAUGUUCGUUAUAGGCCUUUUCCGAGUGUCGAACCAUUUGGCAGAAGUGGCAUAUGCCACGGGCCCCGCGCUUUUGGGGCCCCCGCGCUUCAGUAAAUCAUGGUUAUGAACCAUGGUUAUGAUUAACUUUUUGAAUUAGGUUGAAUGGUAAUGGCAAUGAUAUUCAAAGGCAUUACCAUGAUCCAGGUUGAAUGGUUAUGCUGAUAUUCAACGGCAUAACCAUCCAAUUAGUUGAAUGGUCAUGCCGAAGACAGUCAACGGCUUCACCAUCCAAUAUUCAAAGGCGUCACCUUUGAACCACUGUAAUGAUAAGAGCUGCACGGUUUUGUAACUUUUGUAGUUGAUUGAGAGACUGACACACAGGCAGAUCGAUACAGCAUGAACAACAAAUGAUUUACAACUUUCUAUAGGUGCAGAACGGAGCUGAGAAUUGUCCAGGGACACAGAAAUAUCUGAUUGUGAAUUACAGCUGCAAGCCUGCGGGAGCUAAAGGUGGGUGGAAGAAAUGGUCUUAACGAACAGGCUUUUCAGUCAUGUAUCAUAAAUUACUGUAUGUGUGUAAAAUUACUGUGUGUAAAAUUACUGUGUGUAAAAUUACUGUGUGUAAAAUUACUGUGUGUAAAAUUACCGCUUCGUCUCACCACAGCAUGUCAGUAUAUUCGCUAAUUACAUCUUCCUUGUUCACGUUCAAAUAAAAUUGCUGUUGAAAUAUCUUGCUUUAAAAUAUAGUAACUCUGGACUAUCAUGACUUACCGAAGUUGAUUUUGUAGACAGUCAUAUAUUUUAAUGUUUUCAAUUUUCAUUAAUUUGAGAGACCUGUAGUGAAUGUCUGCACUGAUAAAAAUAUCUGGGCUUUUUUACCGAAUAAUAUGUAGUGUUAUUUUUUACAAUAAGUAUACUGUAAUCAUAAAUUAGAGUACAAUGGACUGUGUUUAAAAAGAAAUCUGGUAUUUGACAUUUUUGACAGUAAGCUUUUACAGUAAGUAUUCUGUAAUCGUAAAUCAGUGGUAUAAUGGACUGUAUUUUAAAGGAAUCCAUUAUUUGACAUGUGUUUGACCUUUGUUUGACCGCAAUCUUUUACAGUUGAAAUUGUAAAUUACAGUGUAAUAGACUGUUUUGAAUUACAACCUUUUUACGGUACAAAUACAGACGGUUAAAAACAGUCUCUGUAAAAUUACAGCACAUUCUCUGGCGUCCCGGCUGCCAGUAGUUUUUACUGUGAAAUUACGGGGUGGUUAUUUUAACAGUGUGGAUGAGCUGGGGUUUUGUCUUACUUUAAACUCUAGUUGAAGAGGACGACAAAGAUAAUGAUGAUGAUGAUGAUGAUAGUGAUGACAAACUAACCAAGCCUCCUGGUAUCAAAGGCGAAAAGGUCCAACUCACGAACACUGAAAACAAUCGCUUGGGGAUGGGCGGGUUAAAAGCGUUGGAAAAAGUCAACACCUUAAUAAAACAAUCCGAUGGUUAGUUUAGCGAAUUUCUCGCUAAGCGGGCCAGCACGGCUUCCACAAAAACAACCCCUCAUCUCUUAGAAUUCAUCUCUUAGAUUGAAUUUUCGAUGUCCACCAGUAAUGAGCUGUGUAGAAAUUUGGAACACAGCUAUUGCAUUUUAUUACAUUACAUUAUCAUUCACCUCACUCUCAUAGAUAUCUUAUAUACACCAGAUAGUGCAUCUAAUUAUUCUGCAAUUCAAAAUUGAAGCCUCAGGAUAUUCCCAUGAAAUGAGAAGACUCGUAUGUUUUCUAUUUCUUAAACAGGGAACUGAAACAUUCAGUUAAACCUAUUCCAAAUACAUUUUUAAACUAUUCAAAUGAUGAAAGUUAUUGUUGCUUUUUAAGCGUUUAAUAGCGAGUGGGAAACGCCAACAUGGCCGCCAUCUAUUUCAGGGUAUUCUCCAAACAUUAUCCGGUCUGGUAAAUUCUUUCGUCUAAUGACAGGACUAACCUUCUAGGUGGCAAACUAACGGACGACCAGGAAAAAGCGAUCGAACGAAUGAUCAUCGGUGGAUUGGAGAAUACACAGAAGAAGAAUGUGGAUGUCCAGGGUACCACGAGAACCUCUAUCCCCAAGUCACACAAGGCUAAGGCAGGCGGAGAUAUGAACAAACAGAUUGUUGAACUAGCCAAGUUGGUUGACGAGGCUACAUCAAGAAUAAAUUAUAAGAAAGCAGCCGUAGCGAGACCGCAGACCAAGGCAAACAAUCAACAGUCUGUAGUUGGGACCAUGGCACGUAAGUUAAUUGCCGUGUAAAAAGGGUGACCUGAUUGAAUGAAGCUUGGCAACGAAAAUAUAGCUCUUCUGAGGAUGGGUCUACAUUAAAAGACCCUAAAUGAGUUGUUGGAAGGCUAGGCUAAACAAGUUAGUGAUCGGAGUUGUGGUAUUUACAUAAACAUACCAUGCAAGUACUUAACUGAAGAGUCAGUCCAUCUACAGUAUAAUGUAAACGCUGUAUAUCCAAAAAUCUGUUUCAGAAAGCGUACGAAAUGCAGUCCUAGGGGUGGAAAAAUACAAAAUUUUUCUUGGGGAGAAUUCAGACCCCCUACUACUACAUACGAAACCAUCUGUCAUCUCUCCACACUCAGUAUAGUUUGGUCCCUUUUUGUAGAUCCCCCCCCCCCCGCCCGACGGACGAAUUCUUAAAAAAAGACCCUGAGUUCAUUUGGAAAGUUUCAUUUCCAUUUUAUUUUACAGCCAACAGAACAGUGAAACGGCUCAAUGUUCCACGUCCAGUAAUGCCUAAAAUCAAAUCUCGAGCACCAAUGAUGAAUAAAGUCAACACAGCACCUGUUCAAAGAGCGAACGUCCCGAAGCAAAAUGCAAAAAGAAAUUUCAUUUACGGAAAAAUUAUGCCUCGACCAUAA